AUGAGGAAACCACCUCUAAAAAUAUUAUUGGAAGACAAUGAACUCGAGAUAAUCAAAGCAAAGACCCAUGAUGUACAAUCGCAAAACAAAACAACUAGUUUCUAUUCCAAUAUUUCUGAUGGUUAAGAAUAAUUGAGUGAAGGGAAGCUUUAUUAAUGUGACACUUCUUACUCUUCAAGUAGUCUUCAUAGUUCAAGAACAUUACUUGAAGAAUCCUAAUGGUAGAACUACCAAAAACGUAUAGAUUCUGAAAGUCUCUCAGAAUAGGCUAAGAAGGUUUUCCUAAUCUCCACAUAAUCGUCGGAAGAGUGGCUGGCUAACUUUACCGAGAAAUGUCUGAAAGUUGAAUGCUUUUUCAAAGACUCUACUUUUAAUACAAUUAUAGAAACAACUUUUAAUAGUGAUGAUCAACAAUUGAAAUAAACCUUGGUUCUUACAUUAGAUUACUUCACCAAUCUAGUGACAUUUACUUUUUUCUUGUUGUGGAAAGCAGUUUGCAAUGAAAACCAAUAAGACAUGGCUUAAUUUGUUUCAAAUUCUAAUUCAAUCACUGAAUUUUUAGCAUUAAUGAUAUCUUUAAGAGUUAAUGAAUUCAGAAUCGACUUUUAACUCCUAACAAUAUUUGAAUCUAUCAUUUAACCCUUUCCAGACAAGAGCAUAUUUAAGGAAUGCACUGAUUCCCAAAGGAGCUCAUUGUCAAUCGACAUUAUUCAAUAAAAGACAUUCAUGCCUUUAAUGAAACACAAUCAAGUCCUGCCUUGGUCGACUGAAGAAGUUGCUUUUGUCUUGAGUUUCAUCAACUCCUAGUUCUACGCUGAACUACAGAUAAGGAACAUUAUUGUUAAGGGAGGACUCAAUCAUUAUUUUCGAAGAAUCAAUACGAUCUCUUAAUUUAUCAUUUAUUCAGUCGUGCGCAACCCUAGCAAACAUGAUCGCCAGGAUGCUUUGGGAUACUGGAUUGAUUUGGCAGAGAAAUUACAAUAAAAUUAUGAUCUUGAAGGACUCUUCAUUGUUUACAAAUACGGAAUUCAACUGUUGUUAAAAGAUUACAUCGGAACAAUGCCAGUCCUCUUUAGAGACUUGAAUCGAAUCCCAAAAAUCAAUGCAUUUUACGAAGAACAUAUCAAACAUAAUUUCAAAGAUUCAGAUAAUCAAAAGCAGCAUCUCUACAUUCCCUCCUUCCAUAAAUUUAUUACUCAAAUCAAGAGAUUAGAGUUGCAAAUCAAAACGAAUAAGAGUCUAUUUCACUAAAUCUCUGACAUUAUGUUUUCGUUGGUAAAAAUGUCUAAACGACAACAAGUGCUUUACCAACAGAUGUGUCCAAAAAUCUCUGAAAAUGAAGAACAAAUCAUCCACCAUUUCACUAAAGGGAUUGAAAAGGAGUUGGAAGCCAAUCUUCAAACUCCCCUUGACAAAGAAACCUUAGUGUAUAUAGAAUUGAUUAAAUUGGCAAAAACUAUUCAUUGA